ACAACGACUUGUACCAAAGACCGAUCGUAAAUCGGUUCCACGCGAGAACAGCGCUCAGAAGCUUACCGAUCGCCGAUCGCCCUGACCGAUUGAAUAAACGCCGUUCUUGGGCGUUCUCGGGGUGUCGGAUAUCGAUUCCCGGUGCUGACCUUUCGCCACCCCGGAUCGCCAGUCAAUUGCAUGCAGGUUGAAACUGUUUAGUUGCGUUUCGACACUGAGCAGUUCCGCUUGUUCGGUGACCGGAUGGGUGCAGCGAGGCGCUAGGUGCAAGUGUCGGUGGUGGGACAAACGCAAGGCAAAGGUUAUAGUAUACAUUAUUCCCAGCGCGAAAAAGAACGCGCGGAACCUUGGGAAAGUACCGAGCCGUGCUGGGGACGCGCGGUCAGCUCGCUAGAUCGUCCGCGCUGGAGGCCUGCCGCAGCGAUCCCAAGCUAGAAGGAAUAGCAGCACGGACAUCAGUCCGCCGUGUGCCGUGUGAUCGAACAGAACAGCGUUUGUGAGUCGGGUUGAUCGAGGAAGUGGUUCCCAAGUGCUUACGCCAGACAUUACGGCUGUCCAAAUCGAAUCUAUCGCGGCAAAGGGAGGUGCGUUUGGUGAAGCGAACUACGAAGUGCAUUUAACGGCGUAACGGCGUCAUUAGCGCGUGGUGCUCGGUACAUCUCGAACCGGAAGGACAAGCAUGGAUCAACCCGUUCCGUCGAACAGUAGUUGUGUGCCGCCAGUGCCAGUGUGUUCCAGCCAGUCGGAGAUGCUGAGCCCGCUUUACAUGGAGGCGUACUGCCAGUCCUUGGAGCAGCCGGCAUCGUUCUGGGGAGAUUUGGCCGAACAGCUCAUUGACUGGGAUCAGCCGUGGGAGAAAGUGCUGGACGAUAGCAACAGCCCCUUCACGAAGUGGUACGUCGGCGGAAAGUUGAACGCAUGCUAUAACGCGAUCGACCGCCAUGUGUUGGCCGACAAGGGCAGCAAGGUGGCGCUCAUCCACGAUAGUCCCACGACCAACACGGUGCGCCACGUAACGUACAACGAGCUGUAUGACAAGGUGUCCCGUUUGGCCGGUGGACUGCGAAGGCUCGGCGUACAGAAGGGCGAUCGGGUCGUCAUCUAUAUGCCGCUCAUACCGGAAGCUAUCAUCGCCAUGCUGGCCACGGCUCGGCUUGGCGCGGUCCAUUCCGUCGUUUUCGGAGGAUUCGCGGCGAGCGAGCUCUGCACACGGAUAGAGCAUGCCGAGCCGAAGGUGAUCAUUGCGGCGAACUGUGGCGUGGAACCGCACAAGAUUAUCUACUAUCUGGACAUUCUGCACGAGGCGGUUGCGAUGUCGCGCUGGAAGCCGCUCAAGAACAUCAUCUACAGACGGUCGAACAUACUGAUGUCGGACCUGGAUGAGACGUGGGACGUAGCCUGGGAGAAUGCGCUGGACACGCCGGUCGACUGUGUGCCGGUGGAUGCGAACGAUCCACUCUACAUUCUGUACACAUCCGGCACAACAGACAAACCGAAGGGUAUCCAGCGACCGAUCGGAGGACAUCUGGUAACGCUGAUGUACACAAUGAACACGAUCUACGGCAUCCAGCAGGACGACGUCUGGUGGAACGCGUCGGACCUCGGUUGGGUCGUCGGCCACUCGUACAUCUGCUACGGGCCGCUGCUGUACGGUGCCACCAGCGUCAUGUACGAGGGCAAGCCCGACCGAACACCGGAUCCCGGCCAGUACUUCCGCAUCAUCGACCAGCACAAGGUAUCGGCCAUCUUUUCCGUUCCUACCGCAUUCCGCGUCAUCAGGCGCGUGGAUCCGGAAGUCACCCACGGGCGUAAGUACAGCCUCAAGUCACUGCGCGCCAUCUUUAUCGCUGGGGAGCAUUGCGAUCUGGAAACGAUGAAAUGGAUGCGCAACAUCUUCAAGGUGCCCGUGCUGAACCAGUGGUGGCAAACGGAGACCGGCUCGGCCAUCACGGCGACGUGCGUCGGGUUUGCACAGAACCUGCAGACGCCACCCUUCACGACGGGCCUCCCGUUCUGCGGGUACGAUAUCUACGUGCUGGACAAGAACGGGCACGAGGCGAAGACGAACGAGCUGGGCCGUAUCGUGGUGAAGCUGCCGCUUCCACCGGGCAACAUGGCGACCCUGUACCGCAGCGAUGAGCUGUUCCGCAAGACGUACUUCCAGCGGUUUCCGGGCUACUACGACACGAUGGAUGCCGGGUACAAGGACGAGAAUGGGUACAUCUACGUGACGGCACGCGAUGACGACGUGAUCAAUGUGGCCGGGCAUCGCAUCUCCACCUCCAGCCUGGAGGACGCCAUACUGCGCCAUCCGGAUGUGGCGGAUGCGGCCGUCUUCGGGGUGCCCGAACCGACCAAGGGCCAGAUACCGCUUUGUCUGUACGUGACGAAGGCGAACGUCUCAAAACCGGCCGCCAAGAUGUCGGUCGAGCUGAUCAACAUCAUCCGGGAGGUGAUCGGACCGAUCGCCGCCUUCAAACUAGCCGCCCAAGUACAAAGCCUACCACGCACCAGAUCGGGUAAGUGUUCGCCGACCGACCAGCUGUAUCAGCCCGUCCGCUGUUUAACCAUCGGUCCUGGUUAUCGGUUUCUUCCCGCGCAGGCAAAACGUUGCGCAAAGCGAUGGCAGAUCUGGCCGCAAACAAACACAUCACCAUACCGGCUACGGUCGAGGAUCCGACGGUGUUCGUCGACGUCAAGCGUGCGCUGCGCGAGCUGGGUUACGCCAUGGCCGCUCCCGAUCCGGAGCUGCGACCAACCGUAAGAUGAGCUCCCUGAGGAGAUGGAGCUGGGAGUAGCAUCAAGCAGCAUCAAGCAGCAGCAGCACUGACGUAUUUUGCACGUUUCGACUCUCCACUCGAUUCGAGUUCAUUUUCCGUUUUUUUUUUUCCUCCCAUUUUCCCGUUUUCGCCGCUCCUCUGUUGUAGUAGAGUUAACGUUAUUACUUGCACCUAAUAAAACUAGCAAACAUGGUAAAAGGCUUAGGAAGAAACCCCGUGAAA